AAAAUCAACCCCCAAGCAUUUCAACAUUGCCCUCUGUGUGUGAGGCAUCUGAUCAAAUGGAAGAUCAAGAAAGUAACAUUUUAUUAGCUUUUUCUUCACAAGAUGGAGUUUUCAUGGUACUCUGCAUGGUUUUGUCGUGGAUAUUCAUCCACAGAUGGAGCCAGAGGAACAAAAAAGGCCCCAAAACAUGGCCUCUCGUCGGAGCAGCGAUCGAACAGUUCACCAACUACGACAGAAUGCACGAUUGGCUCGUCAAGUACCUCUCGGAGUCAAACUCUGUCGUCGUCCCAAUGCCAUUCACAACUUACACUUACAUUGCAGAUCCUGCGAAUGUAGAACAUGUCCUCAAGACCAACUUUGCAAACUACCCUAAGGGUGAAGUGUAUCGUUCGUACAUGGAAGUACUGCUCGGAGAUGGGAUCUUCAAUGUGGAUGGAGAGCUUUGGAGGAAACAGAGAAAGACUGCAAGCUUUGAAUUUGCGUCCAAGAAUUUGAGGGAUUUCAGCACUGUGGUUUUCAGAGAUUACAGUCUCAAGCUCCAUUCGAUUCUCAGCCGAGCGUCUUUUCAAGGCCAACAAGUCGAUAUGCAGGUGGAAACACCUUCGUUACAGCGUCCGCAUUGUUGUCGUCUUGAUAGAGAUGGUUUUACUUCGUUGGACGGUAUCAGAAAUGAAUAUAUGUUCUUUGUGCAGGAACUGCUGAUGAGGAUGACUUUGGACUCCAUCUGCAAGGUGGGAUUUGGGGUGGAAAUUGGAACUCUGGCUCCCAAUCUGCCGGACAAUCACUUUGCCAAGGCCUUUGACACUGCAAACAUCAUCGUGACGCUUCGAUUUAUCGAUCCUCUGUGGAGAAUAAAGAGAUACUUGAAUGUGGGAUCAGAAGCUUUACUUGACAAGAGCAUUAAAACCAUUGAUGAUUUUACAUACUCUGUUAUUAGAAGAAGGAAAGCAGAGAUCAAAGAAACUCAGCAGAGUUCUGAAAACAACAAGAUGAAGCAUGAUUUACUGUCGAGAUUCAUCGAGUUAGGCAAAGACUCGGAAAGCGAUUUAACUGACAAAAGCCUGAGAGACGUUGUUCUCAACUUUGUAAUAGCCGGGCGGGACACAACAGCAACUACUCUCUCAUGGGCCAUAUACAUGGUAAUGACUCACCCCCAUGUAGCUGAGAAGCUCUAUUCCGAGCUGAAAACUUUUGAAGAAGAUCAGGCAAGAGAAGAGAAGGUUUCGUUGCACCCGUAUGACACAGAGAACCUUGAAUUAUUCAAUCGAAGAGUUGCGCAAUUUGCAGGACUGCUGAGUUACGACUCGCUGGGGAAACUGUAUUAUUUGCAUGCUGUUAUUACAGAGACGCUUCGUCUGUACCCUGCAGUCCCUCAGGAUCCUAAGGGCAUCUUGGAGGAUGAUGUUCUACCAGAUGGAACCAAAGUCAAAGCAGGAGGAAUGGUGACUUAUGUUCCCUACUCGAUGGGUAGAAUGGAGUACAAUUGGGGACCUGAUGCAGCCUCGUUUAAGCCCGAGAGAUGGCUCAAAGAGGGUUUCUUCCAAAAUGCAUCGCCGUUCAAGUUCACCGCAUUUCAGGCAGGACCAAGAAUUUGCCUGGGGAAGGACUCUGCAUACCUCCAAAUGAAGAUGGCCCUGGCCAUUCUGUGCAGAUUUUACACCUUCACUUUGGUCGCCGGGCAUCCAGUUCAGUACCGGAUGAUGACAAUUCUGUCAAUGGCGCACGGCUUGAAGCUUACCAUAGCCAGGCGCUAAUCAUCUGU